CGACCAACUCAGCAUCAGUCGAGCAGCGAGCUUCUCCAUCGCAGCACUCCAUCGAGCCAAAGGAUUACGGGUUUAUUUAGCAGCAAGGACUUUCGACUAACAGGAGCUAUAGCCAUGCGUGUUUCGUCGCUGUUCGUGGUGUGCGUGGCCUCCCUAGUGGCCACCACUUUGGCUCGUCCUGAGCCCCCAUCCCCCUAUGCCUACCACGGAUUACCCCAGCAGCAGAGCCAGCGGGCUUUGCCUCUAAAUGCUCACCCCGUGCCCCCGCAGAUCUACCAACCGCUGCCCCAGGAGCAGUCGUUCGCCAACUUCGCGGCUCCCCAGCAGACCUACCUGCCGCCCCAGAUGCAUCUGGAGGCCAUCGAGCAGGUGGCUCCCACUGCCGCCGCCGCCGCUGAGCCACUGAGUGCCUACGACGACAGCUACAACAUGGCCCACCGCCUGUCCGGAGUUCAGCACGCCAGCGGAUACAACAACGCGCCCCAGGAGACCAAGGUGCACAAGCACAUCUACGUCCAUGUGCCGCCCAAGGACUUCGAGGAGGAGGACGCCAUCCAGACGCGAGUCCACCACCAGCAGGGACCCAAGCAGAAGCACUAUAAGAUCGUGUUCAUCAAGGCGCCAUCCGCUCCCGCGAUCCGCCAGCCAGUGGUCCCACCACCACCUCAGAACGAGGAGAAGACCCUGAUCUACGUGCUGCACAAGAAGCCGGAGCAGGAGCAGGACAUCGUGAUCCCCACGCCGCCGCCCACGAAGCCAUCGAAGCCGGAGGUGUACUUCAUCAAGUACAAGACCAAGAAGGAGGAGGCUCCCGUCUACGGACCCCCGCCAGCGGAGAUGGAGCCACGCCAGGCGACCGCCGAGGACUUUGCUCCUCUGGCCGAGGUUUCCGAUGUCCUGCCCCCCACCACCUUGGCUCCCGAGCCGGAAGUGGAGCAGCCAGCCGUUCCCUCGUCGGUCUAUGGUCCACCCACAGCUGCCGCGUACACGGGCGAGGAGGUCUCGACCACGUUGUCCGCUCCCGCCAACCAGUACCUGCCCCCCGCCACCGCUCCCGCUGCUUUGGCCGUCGAAGAGCCCUCGAUGGCGCCCAUCGUCGUGGAGGAGCAGCCCGAGCAGCGACUGGCUCCCUCGCACAUCCCCGCCACCAGCUACGGUCCUCCCAACCGCUUCUUCCUCAAGAAGCUGAAGUGAAGUCUCUGAAUCGAGAUGCAGUAGCGAAUUUCACAGUUUGUCAUAGUCGAAUGUCCAUUGGAGGCGACUUCAUUCCCAGUCCCCGUUCCCAAUUCACACAUGCA